AUGUUCUCAGAAGAUUUUAAUCGUUUUAUAUGUUUUUUAUUUAGACCAUCAAGAUUUGUUGGGGAUCUAUCAAAUCUUGAAAAUCGUUUACGUGACCAAGAGCGUUUGCGUAAAAAGAUUGAACGAGCAAGUAUUCCGCCUUUUGUGGUUCCCAUUGCUCAUCAACAAAUUGUACAUAUAACUGAUAUGACAAAAUUUGCAUGGAAAGGUUACAAAGAAUAUGCAUGGGGAUUUAAUGAACUGCGGCCAGUUUCGCAAACUAGUCAUAGCCCUUUGAUAUUUGGUAGCGGAAAGACGGGUGCAACAAUUGUCGAUGCCAUAGAUACAUUCUAUAUUAUGAAUCUAAUGGAUGAAUAUAAUGAAGCAUACAAUUGGAUUAGAGAUGAAUUUGACCUCAGAAAAACGAAUGGUGACAUAUCAGUUUUCGAAACUAAUAUACGUUUUAUUGGAGGACUUCUUGCUGCUUAUGCACUUACUAAUGAUGAAAUGUUUAAACAAAAGGCUCGUGAAGUCGCUGAUUUAAUAUUACCGGCCUUUACUACACCUACGGGCAUACCAUUUUCAGUAAUUAAUGUAAAAACUAGUGAAGCUCAUAACUGGGGAUGGGCGAGUGGCGGUUGUUCAAUUUUAUCUGAAUUUGGUUCAUUGCAGCUCGAAUUUAAUUAUCUUACUCGAAUAACGAAUAAUUCUACAUAUUCUGAUAAGGUUACUCGCAUUAGCGAAGUUCUUUCUUCUCUAGAAAAACCUGAUGGCCUUUAUCCGAAUUAUUUAAAUCCUAAAACUGGAAAAUGGGGCCAAAAACAUGUCUCGAUUGGAGCAUUGGGCGAUAGUUUUUAUGAAUAUCUUUUAAAAUCAUGGCUAAUAUCAAAUAAAUUGGAUUCAAAAUAUAAGGUGAUUUAUGAUGAUGCUAUGGAUGCUAUAAAAACGAAACUUUUAAAAUAUUCUGAACAAAGCCAUCUCGCUUAUUUUAUUGAAUUAAAAGGCAACCGUGUCGAGCACAAAAUGGAUCAUUUAGCUUGCUUCGUUGCUGGUUUGCUUGCUCUUGAGGCUUUGAACGAAAGCGAUGAACAAAAGCGUUUCAAUAUUACUACUUUGGCGGAAGAAAUCGGCAACACUUGCCAUGAAUCUUAUAUUCGUACGGGAACGAAUAUUGGGCCAGAAUCAUUUCGUUUUUCUUCCGAUGUCGAAGCCAUGGCAAUUUUUCAAAAUGAAAAGUACUAUAUUUUAAGACCUGAAGCCAUUGAAGGUUGGUUUUAUCUGUGGAGAUUGACACAUAAUCAGAAAUAUCGCGAUUGGUGUUGGGAUGCAGCUCUCUCUAUUGAAAAAUACUGCCGCACUUUGAGUGGGUAUUCUGGUAUAAAAGAUGUAUACACAACAAAGGUCGAUUUAGAUGACGUACAACAAAGUUUUCUUUUCGCUGAAACUUUUAAAUAUUUGUUCUUAGUAUUUUCUAGCGAUGAAACAAUUUCUUUAAAUAAAUGGGUUUUCAAUACCGAAGCCCAUCCAUUGCCUGUAUUCACUACAGAUUUUAAAUUAUAG